AUGAACGAGGCUUUGCCCCUCACAUGCACCGAGGUUCAGGAUCCAGCCUUGCUCCAGAAGAGGCAUGCACAGAGGACAAACUCAGUUCAAGGGCAGGAGAAGGGAACGAAAAAAAAAAAAAAAAAAAAAAACCAAAACCAAACCCAAUCCGAAACAACUCCAAAACUCUUCUUGCAGUCACCCAGAGUAUCCAAACCACGGAAGUGGGGCGUGGGGGAUAAAGGAAAAAACUCCAACAAGAAAAAAAACUCCGACAAAAAAAAAAAGAAACGGCAAAACAAGCCCGGUGCACUCCGGGGAAAAAAAAGCAAACGUUGGCAAGCGGCGGCCGGGCAGAGCGCGGGGGGCCCGUGCCCGUCCCGGUCCCCGCCGGGGCUCAGCGGCCGCGGCGCUCGGGGGGCGGGCGGCGCUCCCCGCCCUCGGCCGGGCCCAUCCCCGCUGCCCGCCCGCCCCGACCCCCGCCCGUGCAGCGCCCGCAGGGGGGUCGGGCAGGGCGGCCGCUCUAGGCCCGGGGCUCCAUCCCCCGCCGCUCGGCCUCUCGCUCCGGCCCGGGACCCAGCGGGGCGCUGCGGGCUGUGUGCUGUGUGCUGUGCGCUGUGCUCUCCGCUCCUGGUACCGCCGCUGCCGGCUCCGGCGCGCUGCUCUCCCCUCACGGCCCGGUGGCGGCCCCGCUGCGCUGCGAGAGGCGGGAGCGGCGCGUCCGGGGGAGCCUGCGCCGAGCCGAGCCGGGCCGGGCUCGCCCCUCCCCUCCCCUCCCCGGCGCCUCCGGGGGGCUCGUACCUCCGGCCGCCCCGCCCCGCCGCCGGAUCCCUCCGCCGCCCGCCCUCCUCUUCCUCCUCCUUCUCUCUCUUUCCUUCUCCUCUUUCCCCUCCUUCUGCUUUUCCCCUCCUUCUCCUUUUCCUUCUCCUCCUCCUCCCCCUCCUAUUCCUCCUUCUCCUCCUCUUCCCCCGGUCCGUGCUGAGGCCUUUCCCCUUCGGGAAGCCUUUUCCAGACCCACGGGCUGUUUCCUUCUCUUCCCGUCACAAUCACUCCUCCCUCACCCUGCCGAGGAGGGUUCCCUCACCCUGGAUCUCUAACCCRAAGAGAUUUCCCUUUUUCCCUUCUCCAUUCCCCAUCCCCAGCCAUCCCGUGCUCGGUUUUGCCGUGUCACCAGCGCUGAGGGCAAGGGAGCGCCCGCGCCUCCAUCUCCAUGGAAAAUAUGACACCGACGAAACUUGGAGAAGAAAAAAAAAAAUAAAUAAACAGGGAAUUAAAAYAGUAGAAGUGCCAGCAGCAGUGCAGUGCCGGAGCCUCAGGCUGUCCCAGGCUGUGUUGGUUGCUCCCAGGCCUCUCACUGCUCUGCUGUCCAGCCCCGCGUUCCCUGCAUUUCCCACACACGAUUCAUUAGGAAUUUUUUUUACAGGUUAAGGUCAACAUAAAUCCGAGUGCUGAUCCUUCCCUGCACAUGCAUUCCAGRAGCACUGCAGCCAGGGGCCUGUUCCUGCUCCCCUUGCAAACCACAGCAUGAAAAGAUGAGCAGCGCAGGGGAUUUGGGCGCAUAAAUUUCAGCAGCAAAGGUCAGAUCCYUGGAGGUGCCUUACAGGGGCUGCCGUGAAAGCAGAUUUGUAGAGAAAGCGUUCAGCGAGGAUCCUUCAGCCAAAUCCCCUCUCCCAGCCUCGCACCGAGGAGCUGUUGCCAUCUGCUGGGAAAACCUCGAAUGGCUCCAACCUGAGCUGCCGGGCAGGUAAAAGGGAAAUUCCAGUUUGUGUUUCAGAUGGGAUAAGCAGCUGAGUUUCACUGAGCUCCACCACAAAAAUCAAGUGCACAAAGAUUCUUUUGCUCCUUACGAGUAAUUAAUUUAAAACCAGUGAUAAAAUGCCCUGAUAUUUUGGGCUGGUUUUCGCCAUAAAUUGYUGUGCCAGCUCCUGUUUUUCUGCUGCUUCUGGAAGCCAACAGCCAAACCUUUACACCUUGCACAGCUGGAGGAGAAAAGCACAGUGGAAAUCGUUCUCAGGGCUGACAGAGAAAACAUUUCCCAAAUGCACGCAGACAUUUGUGACUCCUAAAGAACAGGGGACCUGAUCCCAGAAAACACAAAUAAAUUUGUGCUGUGCUCCACAUUUCUAUGCAAUUCCAAAGGUUUUUUUCAUCUUCCACCUUAAAACAGGUACCUCAUCCUCUCCUUAAGAGCUUGUCCUGGCCCCUGGAAAUGCACCCAGGGUUGGUUUGUGCUUUUAGGCCACUCGGGACAAAAUGCUUUGCUGGCUUUGAGACACAGAGAGCCUAAUCUAGCCGAGCUUCUACAGUGACAGCUUAUUACAGUUCCUAAACCUGGAUAAUCCAGGGUGCAGUCAGCAUUUUUAUAGCCUUAAGCUUGCUUUCCAUAUCAGCAGAAUUAAAGCAGCAACCUCUGUAAGGACAGAUGAAGCUGCUGGACGUUCUGCCAGGAGUUUCCCUCUCUUUCUCCAUCCUCUGGCUGGAAGGGGAUGAAAAAUAGAGAGGUGUUUGUUACUGGACUAAAAUCUUUUUAAAAAAUGGAAAUUAUAAUUUCUCUUCACAUCUGAGGAUUGUGGAACAGAUCUUAAUCUUCUGACACAACACACGCUCAAACAACACAACUUAAAACCUGUGUUUUGUAACAUUUGAGAAGCUGCAGAAGUUCAAACUUCCUCCUUCCCACAUAAAGUUAUCUACCUGUAAACCAUUAUUGCUUUACAGAAGCUUUUCCACGUAGSUUGAACUGUUCUAUUCCUUCUUAAAAUCAUUUCCUAAAGAUCCUUUAUGUUGCCCAUUUAUCAGCUGCCAAGCUGCCCCUGCACUGAUUUCCUUGGACAUGGCAUUAAUGUAACAGAAAAUUUCAAAGAUUUAAAAUGCUGCUUUUACUUCAGGGCUUGGACUAUUGCUGCAAGGGAAUAAAGCCCUGAAUAUCAAAAAAUUGCCAUUUUCUUCAAGUACAAAUAAGGAGUUYGGCUACAAAGAGAGGGCAGAGGACUGAAAGAGGAGGUUAAUUUUACAAAGCUCGACUGUAGGGCCUGCAGGAGAAGCAAAAGGCAGACAGCAGGGUUGCCUGUAAAGAAAUAAUAGGAUGAUAAAAAAUGAAAUUAAUUGGGUGUAGAGGGGCAGAUUUCACUUUUUACAGACAAAGCACCUCUGACCAUUGACAAUGCUGGAUUUUGUCACUUCUGAAKACACAAAAGACCUGGAAGACACUUGCAGCUCUAAAGCAAAGCUUCAGAACUCUGCUGUACUUUCUUCCCUGCUUCUGGACUCUCUCAGAGCUUCAACAAAGUCCCAGCACAAAUCCUUGUGGGCCCUGAGCCCCCUCCAACCCCAGCCUGGGCUCUGGAAAGAGAAAAACAUCUCCAGAGGGCUCAGCUCUCCACAGCAGCUGCUCCCCAGCGCUGAGGGAUUUUGAGCUGGACUUAAGGGUUACAUGCAAACAACUAAAUUGGCUUAACUAUUUAUAGAAGCUGAGACUUUUGGCGUGGUGGAUCUCUGGCUGUGGCCAUCAGCAAGCARGGUGGCUGUUCUUUACCAGCACAACUCCACACGGCUUUCCCAGGCAACAAUAUUUAGUAAAUAAAUGAGAUCUCAUGGUGUGGAAACACAGGAAAACAAAGGAAGCAUUUUUGCUUUGUACUACUCAAUCACACACUGAAUCUUUUAGGUUGGAAAAGCCCUCCAACACCAUCGAAUCCAACCUGUGAUUUCAGAACAGCAUCCAAAGAGAAAAAACGAAUUCUUCAUAUAAUUAAAUAAUCUUUAUUUUUAUAAAAYAUAAUACAAAGCAUCUACACCAUUCACUGGUGGAACAUUAGUUGCUAUUACACAGUAAUUCCAACACAAGUUAUUAUUUCACACUAGUUCUGCAGUCUCCUYUCACAGUUUGCUCCAGCCUCUAUGGGCUAGCCUGAGGACAGGUCCYACCCUGUGCUCCACAGCUUGGAAUUUGUACUUCUGGGUCAAAAAUUCUAUCCUGGAGCCUUCUAAAUGGACUAGGAGGCCUUGCUCUGCCUCCUGAAGCCAGACCUAAUUGCCCUUUUUUUAAAAUUUCUAAAGCCUCAACACUGAGCACUGCUCUCCUUCUUCCAACCAAGUUUCCCCCAGUUCAAAGCAGGGGACCACUCAACCAUUCUGUUCUAAAA